AUGCCUUCACGAACGUACCUAAAUCACCUACUUUCCCAACAGGUGUCGUGGAUGAGGAGCCGUGACCUGCACCUACUGACAGUAGGUCGCUUCACCUACACUAGUGACGACAGGUUCAAGUCAGUGCACCAGACGGGAUCAGAAGAUUGGCUACUUAAGAUCCACUACGCCCAGCACAGAGACGCAGGUGCUUACGAGUGCCAGAUCUCCACCACACCUCCCAUGUCCAAGGUCAUCUGGCUCACUGUUGUCGAACCAGAGACCCGGGUGUUAGGCGGACCUGACCUCUACAUCAACUCUGGGUCAACUAUCAACUUGACCUGCAUCGUCAAUCACAGCCCUGAGCCACCACCCUAUAUCUUCUGGUACCAUGAAAAUGAGUUGUUGUCGUACGACUCCCCAAGAGGAGGGAUCACGGUGGUGACGGAGCACGGUCCCACCUCCUCCUCCAGACUUCUUAUACAAAAAGCUUCCGUCAGUGACGCCGGCAGGUAUACUUGUCGCCCUGCCAACGCUGAUCCUCACCACAUCACCGUGCACAUCAUCCCUAAUGAACACCCGGCCGCCAUCCACCACAAGAACGGCACCUCUGCGGGCGUCAGGUUGCACCAUCCAGCCCACGCCCACACGCCCAUCCUCAUAAUCUUCACUCUCCUCAUCUUUAUCCUCUUCAGCAGCGCCUCCAGCAGCGCCUCCAACAGCGCCUCCAGCAGCGCCUCCAACAGCGCCUCCAGCAGCGCCUCCAGCAGCGACUCCAGCAGCGACUCCAGCAGCAGCAGCAACAAUAACAACGACAACAGCAGCAGCAGUCUGCUCUACCUAAUUCCUGUUGGUGGUGUGGGUGGUGUGGGUGGUGUGGGGGUCCACCCACUAGAUAGGGGAGUGUGUUGGACUCUCCCACGUACCACCCACACCCACGUACGUCACGCCCACAGCAGUGUUGAGAGAGGGGUUGGUGUGAGUGUGGUGGGUUGAGAGUAAGAGCGCAACAGAAACAAUCUAAAGUAUCCAAGAGAUCUCUAAUCUAAGAGCGCUCUAAGCAAUUUAAGAGCUCUGGCUACAAUCUAAGAGCGCUCUAAAGAACCCAAGAGCUCUCGUAACAAUGUAAGAGCUCUGAUAAUAAUCUAAGAGCUCUGGGAACAAUCUAAGAGUUCUGGGAACAAUCUAAGAGUUCUGGGAACAAUCUAAGAGCUAUUGUAACAACCUCAAAACACUAUAAACUCUCUAAGAGCGCUGUAAAGUAUCUAAGAGCUCUCUGUAGCAUCCAGACGACGUACUGCUGACACUAGGGAACAAAAGAGGCACCAGCGUAGCUCUUAUCAAGUCAAGACGACCCGGCGAAGCUCUUAAGCAGCGCGAAACGUUGUUGUGACCCUCUCCCCCCUCCCCAUCGGUCCCUCGGCCUUCAAGGGGGUGGUGGCGGUGAUCCCACCGUCAGGAGAAAGCUCAAAACGUAGCUCCUGACGGCGUCAGCAGUCCAUGUGCCUUCCAGUAAGCUUACUCUCCCUUCCCCCCACCUUUCCCCAUCUCCCCCCUCCCUCCCCCCUACACACUCUCCCUCUACCACACCCUCCCUUACAACCCCCUUUUUCCUUCUCUCGAAUUAAAGCUGGAAAUAAAGACGAGAAGAAAGAGCU